GCCAAGGGUAUCCAUGGACGCGUUUGCUUUCGCUGGUGAUAAGUCUCGGUGUGUGAUAUAUAAUCGAUUUCUUCUUUGCUUAUCUCUUUAGCCGGUCACUGAAUAGUCCUCGCAAUGGGUUCAGAAACUGAGAACGUCAAGCUCUGGGGUGGAAGAUUUAGCGGCACAACUGAUCCUGUCAUGGAAAAGUUCAACGCAUCGCUGCCCUUCGACAAGAUUAUGUGGAAGGAGGAUAUACAAGGUAGUAUUGCCUAUGCCAAAGCCCUGAAAAGAGCAAAUUUGUUGACGGAAGAUGAAUGCACCACAAUAAUUCAGGGAUUGGAAACCGUGCGCAGUGAAUGGGAACAAGAAAUCUUUGAGACGCAACCUCAGGAUGAGGAUAUCCAUACUGCCAAUGAGAGGAGACUGAAGGAACUUGUCGGUGAGGUAGGAGGCAAAGUUCACACUGGUCGGAGUCGCAAUGACCAGGUGGCAGUCGACAUGAAGCUGUGGCUGCGGGAACACUUGGCGGAAAUUGCAGAACAUCUUACAGUUCUUGCAAGGGUCUUAGUGGGACGAGCAGACAGAGAGAAGUCAGUCCUCAUGCCAGGAUAUACGCACUUGCAACGAGCACAGCCUAUUCGAUGGUCUCAUUUGCUACUGAGUCAUGCUUGGCCCUUAGCGACUGACCUGGAGCGCCUGAGAGAGCUAUAUUCUCGUGUCAAUAUCUGUCCUCUGGGGUCAGGAGCUCUUGCGGGCAAUCCAUUUUGUAUUGACCGUGAGCAGUUGGCGCAAGACCUUGGCUUCAAGAGUAUCACGGAAAAUAGUCUUCAGGCUGUCAGUGAUCGAGAUUACGUAGUGGAGUUUUUGUUCUGGUCCAGCUUGGUGGGUUCACACCUGAGCCGCCUGGCAGAGGACGUCAUCCUGUAUUCUACCCGUGAGUUUGGAUACAUUAGGCUCUCUGACGCCUAUGCCACGGGGAGCUCCCUCAUGCCGCAGAAGAAAAACCCCGACAGCAUGGAGCUCAUUCGAGGGAAAGCAGGGACCUUGGCAGGAAAUCUGUGCGGUUUCUUGACUGUGCUGAAAGGUCUCCCUUCAACGUACAACAAAGAUCUGCAGGAAGACAAGCUGAAGAUGUUUGAAACGGCCUCGAUCAUGAAAGGACUUCUUCAGGUAGCUGCUGGUGCGGUGGAGACAAUGGAGGUGGAUGCAGCAGCUUGCCAAAAGGGAUUGACUGAAGAGAUGCUUGCAACUGACAUUGCAUACUACUUAGUCAAGAAAGGAAUGGCAUUCCGAACUGCCCACGGCAAAGCAGGAGAGGUAGUUAAACUCGCAGAAGAACUCGGGUGUCCAUUUUCGAAGAUUCCUUUAAGUGAGCUCACUAAUAUCAGCCCGCUCUUUGCUGAAGAUGUGUCAUCAGUUUGGAAUUUUGAACACAGUGUCGAGCAGUAUGAAGCAGCAGGUGGAACAGCACUGAGCAGUAUCAAUGUGCAGAUAACUAAUGUAACUGCAUUCCUGGAUAACUUCAGUGUUGCAGAGGAAAAAAAUGGUGUUGCAUCACCUUGAGAAGGAAUGUUUUUGGGCCUUGGAAUCCGUAAAGCAGGUUGCAAAGGAAACUUAUUUAUAUAUAUAUAUAUAUAUAUAUAUAUAUAUAUAUAUAUAUAUAUAUAUAUAUAUAUAUACACACACAG